CCUUUAAGGCACUAAAUAAAUUUCGAGAAACAGAUUAAAUAUAUGAUGAAUUGAUGGCUAAAUGGGCUGAAUAGAUGAAGCAAUGCCUCUCCAUCUAAUCACCAACGUUGCGAACUAUUGCCGUUGUCAAUAGACUGAUAAACACACGCUCUUUUUGGCGAAAUCAAUUGCAAGGAUUCAAUUACUGAUUAUAAAAGAUGGAGAAAGGUGGAUUCGAGGCUCGAUUGCACUCACUUUUGGUGGACUACUUGUCCUCCACAAACACACGGACAAUGACGCCUGUGGUUAGUAGAACAUUCAACAUUUCAAAUACAGUUUAUGUCUCAGCAAACACUCGACAUCUGUUUAUAGCCAAAAAACAAAAGGGAGAUGCCUUUUUUUUAACGCCAAAUAUAUGUUUUUGUCAACUAAUUUUGCAGAGAAAACACAUCCUGCAGAUUUUAAUCUUUCUGUACGGAAAAGAGAACAUCGGUCAUUUUGGUGGAUUUUCCUAUUCCAAGAAUAGAGAAGUUGCUGGUUCGUAUAUCUAUUACAUCUCUUAUGAUAUGAUACCUCGGUUAUUCAAAAUCAUCACUCACAUUGUUUCUAUUGUUUAAUUGAUUGUUUGAUUGAUUGAUUUCAGAUCAACAAAGGAAGUACAUCCUGUUUGCGUUUCUCUUCAUGGAGGCGUUGAAGAAAAACACAGUGACAGAGACGGACUUGACCACCCUCCAGAGAAUGUGGGGGCAGCAUCUCCUGUCCCUGGUCAACAAUGGAAUGGAAAAGGCCGCUGAGAAAUACGAAAGGAUUCUCCAUAACAGCAAGGAGACAAUAUUCAACAUCAAACGAAUUCAGCGCAGUCUGAAGAAAGUCAGAUGUAACGACAGCGGAACAAGGACCAGGAAACAGACAAAUCCUGACCACGUGACUCCAAAGGCAGUCACCCCGUUCUCGUUCAGAAAACCAAGGAUACAUGAGAGAAUCGCAAUGGCACUGAGGAAUGUGUUUGGAUCAGGCAAACCAAAGGAUUUUUUCAUUUUUAAGUUUCAGGGCGCAGUCUGAAGAAAGUCAGAUGUAACGACAGCGGAACAAGGACCAAUAAACAGACAAAUCCUGACCACGUGACUCCAAAGGCAGUCACCCCGUUCUCGUUCAGAAAACCAAGGAUACAUGAGAGAAUCGCAAUGGCACUGAGGAAUGUGUUUGGAUCAGGCGAACCAAAGGAUUUUUUCAUGUUGAAGUUUCAGGGCGGCAAAUGAGGACUUGUAUAAACAACCAAGACUUUGUGCGGCGUUUUAAUCACUGUCUACAGUACCUCAUUGUGGCGUUUUAGUCUCUGCGGCUACAGGACACUGUUAUUUGUGGCGUUUUAGUCACCAGACUAUCGAAACUAUAGUGGCGUUUUAGUCACCUUUAGUGGCGUUUUAGUCACCAAACUGUCUACACUGUGACGCUAAAUAAA